CCUCCUUUCUUUCACUCCAUCCCCCUCUUUCAACUCCUCCUUCUCCCUCACUACCGCUAUUUCCAACAGCUGAUUUCCAGAUCAGAGAGAGAGGAACACGGCGAGACAGUUCAGAUUUGGGAUCAGCUGCAGCAGAAGGAAUAUAAAGCGAGCAGAAAUGCAGGGAGAGCGCUGCGAUCCGCCAGCAUCCGUCAUGAAGAUUUGAGCUCCGCCGCCGCUGCCAUCAGCUCCGAGAGGAUGGCUUUCCAUGGAUCCUCUCGGCCAACAGUGUGUGGUAACUUGUUCCCUGGGUCAGAGUUAGGCCACAAGUAUUUUUGUGUCAACACCACGACCGGCACUACCUCAACGGGCCUCAGCACAACACCAAAUCCGACCGGACCCAACGCACCCGCUGGGACUCCCAGGCACCCGGCGUCUCUCGGGGGCAGCGCAGGUGGAGGGGCGGCCAUCCCGCAGCCUCACAGUAACCCAGCAAGUGAGGUCCCGAGUCCUGCUGAAAUGGAGCCUGAUCGGCCUAUUGGUUAUGGUGCAUUUGGGGUGGUCUGGUCUGUGACGGACCCUCGGGAUGGGCGUAAGGUGGCUCUGAAGAAAAUGCCGAAUGUCUUCCAGAACCUGGUCUCCUGCAAACGUGUGUUCAGGGAACUCCGGAUGCUGUGUUUCUUUAAACAUGACAAUGUGCUGUCUGCCCUCGACAUCCUCCAACCUCCACAAAUCGACUGCUUUGAGGAGAUAUACGUGAUCACUGAGCUCAUGCAGAGUGACCUACAUAAAGUCAUCGUUUCCCCUCAGCCUCUCACCACCGAUCACAUCAAGGUGUUCCUCUACCAGAUACUCAGGGGGCUGAAGUACCUGCAUUCUGCGGGCAUUCUGCACAGAGACAUCAAACCAGGGAACCUGCUGGUCAACAGCAACUGUCUGCUUAAGAUUUGUGACUUUGGCCUGGCGCGAGUGGAGGAGCCGGAUCCUUCUCGUCACAUGACGCAGGAGGUGGUGACGCAGUAUUACCGUGCUCCGGAGGUUCUGAUGGGAUGCCAGCAUUACACUUCAUCGAUCGAUGUCUGGUCUGUAGGCUGCAUCUUCGCAGAGUUGCUGGGCAGGCGUAUUCUUUUCCAGGCUCAGAGCCCCAUACAACAGUUGGAUCUGAUCACUGAUCUGCUCGGGACUCCUCCUCUUUCUGCAAUGGCAUCGGCGUGUGAAGGAGCACGAGCGCACAUUCUUAGAGGACCCCACAAACCACCCUCGCUGUCUGUUCUGUACAUGUUGUCAGACGGAGCAACACAUGAAGCUGUUCAUCUUUUGUGCCGCAUGCUAGUUUUCGAUCCAGCCAAGCGGAUCUCGGGCAGUGACGCUCUGUCUCAUCCGUACUUGGAUGAGGGUCGUCUGCGGUACCACACUUGCAUGUGUAAGUGCUGUUACUCUGUGCCCAGCGGGAGGGUGUACACCAGAGACUUUGAGCCGCCUGCGGAUCGACCUUUCAGCCACAACUAUGAGCAGAGCAUGCACUCCGUCUGGCAGGGCAAAGAGCUCAUCCAUCGUUUUAUAACAGAGCACCAGCAAGGCAAACGAGUGCCUUUGUGCAUCAAUCCCCAGAGUGCAGCCUUCAAAACCUUUAUUAGAUCCACAGCCUGGCAUUCUUCAAAAGUAUCAAGGAAAGAAGAGAGAUGAGGGAGGAGGUGGAUUCUGGGAAAUGUGGAUCAUAGCAGCAAGCAUGCAUUGGAGAUGAAGAUGGUUCUUGACGGAUCACAUGCUUUUGAAUGAAUUCUCGGCACUCACUCUGAUUCAACAUGGGGAUUUCUCAGAAAAAAAAAAAAACACAUUUGUUUCCAGUUCCACUUACACAACACUGAUGAAUAAUGCUUCUGAUGCUGCUGAGAACACUUUUAUACUGACAGUGUGCUUGAGGAUUACAGGAAAUAGAAUUUUCCACAGAAAAAAAAGAGAAAAUCUCAUGGAUUGUUGAAUAUGACUAAAUGAGCCAACGUCAAUGUUGUGCAAUACGGACAUCUGGAAUAAUGCAAAUGACAAGACUGCGCUGACCAUGAUUUCACUAAGAGAUGAGAUGAGAUGAGUGCCCACAAGUCCAUAGCAUGUAUCUCUGCGGUGUAUCUCCAAACUCUGUCUAUAGACUUUUAUCACUGUGUUCCUUUUGCGGGUUCUUAGGUUUUUUUCUUACAAUUCUGGUAACCAAAAGUUCUUAAGUCUUCUUACUUUGUUAUUGCUUCCUCAUUCAACUGAAUGCUUUCUGUUCGAUAUCACUCAGAUUUUCUACUAUUUUUUUUCUGUACUGUUAUUAUUCAUUUAAUUGUGUAACCUCAGCAUUUCUUACUAAGCAUCCUGUGCAAAUGAUCCUUGAGCGAACGCAUUAGAGUUUUAGAGUUGUAUCAGAACGCUGUUUAGAGGCGACGACGUCUUGUGCCGACAGACGUACGUACGUGUUUAUCCGUGGAACGUAGGUACUGUGCCGUUUCCACCUGAAACAUCUUCCCAAAGGUCCCGCCCCCCUCCUAGGACCAAACGAGAUUGAUAUCAAUAUCCUGCUCUCUGAUUGGGCGAGGCUUUGUAGGCAGAGAAGAUAGAUUGAAUAUUAUUUAUUUUCUCUUUUUAAUUUAUUGUCGUCUUGUCCGAAUUGUUAGGUGUUUGUGUUUGACGGACAAGGUGCGUGGGUUUCAUGGUGAGCCGUCUGAUCCGUGAGUGUUUUAAAAAACAAAACAAAAAACUGCAGUUUCAGAGAGUUUAGGGAAUGUGCAGUGUUGGAAUAAUUUUUUUUUUUUUGAAUAUUUCAUUACCUCAACCAGCCUUCAGUUCACUGGGCUGGUGUAUAUAGACUGAACCCAAUCGUUUAUCAAAAAUGUACUGUAAUGCAGUCGAAUGACGUCAAGCGUGUGUGUGCGUGUGUGGAGCUGCAGUCUCUCCCUGAAUCCGUCUGCUUUCUUUUUCUCCUUUAGAGCAGAUUGUUGGGACAGUGGCUUAUGGUUAAUUUUAGAUUAGAUAGUUGUUGGGGAAAUGCUGCUGUUUGUGUAAUACCUCCGAAACCUCCCCAACUCAUUUGUCAGAGUAACAAGUCUAGAGCUCAGGUUUCAUAUUCUACAAUAUGGACUAGACUGUAGACACUGUAGACGUGGAUCCAGGCAGUCGUUGAAUACUCAAAAAUGCCCAGUACUGUAAACGGUGGCCUUCUACCACCAGGUGGCAACACAAGCGCAGGGCACGAAUGGAUGUAUCAAGGCAGUUGUUGCUCAUCAAUAAUGUCUCUCAGUGCAUGUGUAUGGACUUCACUUGGAUUUGCAAUUGCAGUGCAUUAGGAGUUUUAUUUUAGAAACUUUUUAAAUGUGCUGUUGCUAUUUAAUUUUAUUAUAGGAACUUUUUUCCCCCCAUGUAUUGUGACCAAUUUUUUUAGCUUUUGGUUUUAAUUUUUUGUUUAAGUUGAUGUUGUUUUUAUGACCACUUUUGCUAUUGUGUUGGUAGAAAAACUAGCAAAAUAGUGACGGGAAUGAAGAUCGGUGGGUUGGUUUAGUCUUGCCGACUGCCAAGCAGAAAGUGAACAUUUUAACUCAAUGGUGAAUUUCUUUUAGUCGUAAGAUAAUAGAUGUUAGACAUUUUUAAGAUGAAACUCAAAACUUGAUAUUCGUGUUAAUGACUAUUAUGGCUUUGAUAAAAUGAUUGAACAGUUGUUUUAAGAUGGUUAUUGCUUUCUUGUUAUGUUUUUCUUUUUUCAUUUUUGUCUUUGCAUUUUAGCAGAAAAAAAUGUUUUUGGACUUUUUGUGUUCCCAACAAAUACUUGAAGUUUUUAUGAAAAAAAAGAGACAUGGAUUAGGGUAAAAUAGACAUUAAAGAGACAGACACUGGAAA